AUGGCUGCCGCUCUUUUCACGUUCAGAAGUCCAAUUCCACCGACCCCUCAGGAGGAGCUCCCUCCAAUGCCCCAUGUCUUCGUCGUUCCACCCGAGGAGGACGACUCACCGGCCUGGUGCUGUUUCGACGCUGCAAACCCCGCCCUCUCCCAGGUAAUCGAGCAGCCGGAAACACCAGAAUCCCCCACUUUCUCUUUUCACCCCGAUAUGGAUACCCCAGUUUUCCGGAGAAAUUCUCGAGACCCUGUCAUCAUGCCCCAGAGAAGCAUUGAGACUCGCUCCGUGGUGGAAGCCCUCAUGAGUGACGAUUUUGAGGGUGACGGUGAUUUUGACUCAGAAUCAGAGCAUGAGCAGCUGGGAGAGAGCGAGGAGGACCCACACUCGAUACAGGAAAGCCCUCGCAGCCGACCCUCCAGGAGACUACAUGACGCUGCCGACGACUCGGACGUCAUAGAAGUCAUCAAGGUUAGGCGGAAUAGGUCCCCUCCUCAAGAGGCUGAAGAAGAUAGGCAGAGUUUACCGCAAGAGGCCAACGCUCGACCUAACACACUCAAGUCUCGGGCGUCCAAGGUUUUUCGGUCUCUUAGAGGAACUUUACGGUCCAAGUCCCAUGUCCAGGCUCAGGACAUCUUUGCCGCGGGUUCUUCGAAAUCGAUACCGCAGGAUAGAGGAGAAAGCUUCGAACAGCCAGAAACUUUACCGCAAGCCCGCAGCCCCAGUGUAUCUCGUCGAGGUUCUCGAAUUCUGUCUCAACUAUUCACAGCUCCUCCCCUGAAAACUCGUACCUCUGUGGCCUCCUUCGACGAACCUCCUCCAGCAUCGCCAAUGAGUCCGAUACCUCUUCCUUCUAACUCCUCUUCUUCUAUCCACGGUAAUUUUGUUGCCUCUGCGUCAUCUCAGGAACCUCUAAUCCGUCGGUCGUCGCUCUACGAACCAUCUGAGCAAGACCAAAUUCGCCUCCAAGCUGCAUCUCCUACUCCAACGACCGCCACCAAGUCCGGCACUCGUCGUUUCUCAAUUAUGAGCCUGCAGAAAAUUUUCUCGUUCGCCUCUCCUAAACCUCCACCCGCUGCCGCCGAGCCUAUCGAUCCGCCUUCUGACGACUCCGAUCGUGCCACGCCCACUCUCCGGUCGACUCCGUCUUCUCUCAUCUCAGGCUCUGUACCACAGACACCUACAAGCAUCGACGACAUAGUCCCUCCUGUCCGCCUGGUCAAGCGAGAUGAAACAGCACCCCCAGAUGUUCCGGUAUUUGACAGUCUCAAUUCGAUGUUUGAUACCAGUGGUGGAUUGAAUUUGGGUUUGGGUUUAGGUUUGAGCCUGGAUUCGGGGGCUGGAUCGACCGUUGUUUCUGAGCAAGAUGUUGAGAAGACGCCGCGCAAGUCAUCCAGUUCAUGGACAUCCUCAAUGGCACGACUACCGAGCAAAUUUAGGGCCAACCCCUUUUCUCCACCUCCAAGAGUCCAAGAGCCGGAGGAUGAAGAUGAAGACGAGAGUCUCGAGUUGCGGCUUGACUCUUUUCAUUUUGACAACCUUUCCUUUGACGCCGACCAGUUUAAAGCAAACUAA